GCCGAUUUACAAACUGUAAAGAAUAAAAUUGAUAAAGAUGAAUAUUUAACAACAUGUGAAGGAUUAAAUAAUAAUAUUGCAGAAAUGAUGGCAAAGAUUACUUUACAAGAACACAGUCUUAUCAAAACUGUGGAUACUCUUACGACUGAAUUGGAUCAUAAAGUAGAAAAAAUUGAAUUAGAAAAUAUGACUGAAGUCCUUCAAUCUCGUUUGAAAGCCAUAGCUAUAAGAUUGAAACAUUUACAAUAUAUUGUAGAAUGCGAAGCACCGAUUCCUGCUGGAAUAAAAUCGUCAUUUGCAAAAUGUAUUUCAUGCGAAAGGCCAGUUCAUAAGAAUCAAAAUACAUUACUCAGAAGAACACCUGAAGGUAUGAAUCGCCCAAUAACAAAUUUGCAGUCUCCACAAAACGUAUUUCUUGAUGAAAUUUAUGGCCCCACUAAUGAAUGUGAACAUACAGGAAGAUAUGUGGGUGGAGAACAUACCACAAGAACAAUUAAUAAAGAAUUCCAAACAUCAUUUCCUAAAAUUUCCUAAAGCCAAACAUGGAAAUAAUAUCAUGAAUAUAUUAUAUAGUUUAUAUAAGAUAUAAUAUAUACUUAAUUUAUACUUUAAAAAACAAAAUUAUUUUUACAGUGUGCACUUAGAUCCAGUAUCAGGUCGAAAUAAUUCAAAUUUUAUGGGUAAUAUCAGAAAUUAUUACAUUUAACGGAAAG